UUGUUACGGCUUUUGACUGUUUCGAGUUCUUCCAGUGGCGGUAUCUAUUGCAGCUAUCUUACACGCAAAGGUACAGUCGGAUUUUAGUGAUUUCGUGUGGACAAGUGUUUCUGACAAUAAAAAGGAGAACAGUAGAACGUUGAAGCUGUAACUACUUAUUUGUGUAAAUCCGAUACCUUCAGCUUCAAAGUUGUGUAUAGAGCGAGACAUGAGUACAGACCAAUCACCUGUUUUUGAACACCAUUGGUGCACUAGAUGGUCUAGAGAAUGCGUGAUGUUGCUGCUGCGCCAUCAAUAUGUUUGAAUCUCUGCCAUUAGUGAGGGGUCACCUUGUUGCUAUGGCAGCAACUCGAUUACUAACAAGUCUGCACAACCGCAUACACUCCUAUUCUCUUCUGAGGAUGUUAUCUAUCUCAUUUAAUGAUUCAAAUGGAAUGAAACAACUCUGCAAUGUUUUGCAGGCAUCGUGUUUCAGCACAGAAAGACCACCAUGGUUUGCUUCGUCUCGUCUGUUUCAGCCUUUGGGACAUCGUGCGAAGGUGGUGCGUUGUGCGCUUGCUCUGUAUGAGGCUUGCGUUCAUAGAGUCGAUUAUCACUCUAUCUACGAAGCAUGUCGAAUGCCGGAUACUCUUCAGUCGUGGUUUCUUGUCAAUAGUCUUCAUGUCUGGUUCUGCCUUGUCAGAUUGAAAGCCGAGGGUGGAGAAGGCCGUUUGGUGUACAAGCAACUGGUUCAAGCAUUAUGGGCAGACAUCAGACAAAGAAUGAAGGCAAUGGGAAUAAAUUCUCCAACUGAUACUAAAAUAGGCAUGGAACAGUUAUCACAACAGUUCUUUGGACUCAUUGUUGCUUUUGAUGAAGGAUUAUUGAGUGAUGACAUGAUAUUGGCAUCUUCUUUGUGGUGGAACUUGUUUUCAGAGAAGGAGACAACAGAUUUCUUGGCUGUAGCCCAGAUGGUGAACUAUGUGAGAUUACAAGUGAAACAUAUGGACUCAAUUACAACUUCUGAUCUCUUUUCUGAUCAUUCUAUAACCUUUCUGAAAUUUGAGCAUUCUAUUCUUCCUACAUAGAAUUAACUACUAUCCAAGAAACUAGUUCAUUAUGUUACAGUGUGUGUAUUUCACUACAUGCUUUGUUGCUGUAAGUAAUAUGAGCUAUUACUCCUCAGAAAUCUGUCCUGCAUUAAAGUUAAAUGAGCAAUUAUGCUGGUACUUAACCAUUUCUGUAAGAUCAUUAGAUGUCAACCUAAACAAUUGCA